AUGGGAAAUUGGUGGUCCAGACCUAUUAUUGAUACUAGUUGGUGGUGGGUGAGCGGUGAUGGUAAAUACGGGGAUGGCGACGACGGGGGCGGCGGCGGCGAUGGUGGUGGUGAUGAGGCCUUGCCGCCCUUGCAGCCAGUGAAGGGGCAACCCGCCUGGCCACUACUACUAGUAGUCAAUGCAGAACCGCAUCCACCGUCUCCGAACUUAGCAUCACCCACAGAAAAAAUGUCGAGCUCAGUUUCGAACCCAUCCAUCGUGCUACCUCGAGCUGCCACGAAACGUGCGCAGCUCCCCGUCACGACGUCUUCCACAAAGCGCCGUAAGGUAGCAGAGCCUCGCAAACCAGGGUCGCUUCCGGGUUUGUCGUUCGCCUCGCAGGCCGGAAGACGUCACGGCCAAUCCAGCUCCGGCCAGGCCUCACCCUCGCGGCCUUCGUCCCGUCGCCCUUCAUCCUCUUCCCGAUCGCAUCGCAGCCAGAGUUCCUCAACCUCACCGCCUCCACGUUACAUUCCCGCUCAUCUGCAGGACGAAGUCCUCGGCUCCAGAUCCCAGGCCACCGCUCGUUCUCCCACUCCAGACUCCGCUGGAAGUGUUCUCGACUAUCCUUCGGCCGCCUGCGCUGGUCUGACCCUCCACAGUGACCCCGCGACCGAUAUGUCCGGCUCCGACGACAAGGGAGACUCCGGUCUCCCCAUCUCCGGUCCUGAUGUCCACGAAGCCUCCGAAGCGGAUAAUGACAUGGAGAUGGAUUUGGUUCCGACAGAGAAGAACGCCCAGUCCCGUUCCAACAUCCCGGACUCGAUGGACACCACAGGAUCGGGCGACGACAACUCGACCAGAAAUGACAAUGGCUCGGCCUCCGACAGUGUAUAUCCCACCUCUUCCAGCAUGUCCACCUAUACUGCCCCGACCGACACCCGUUCCCAGUCUAAAGCCGAGGCCGGCGUUGGGUCAGCCGACCGGCCGUCCUAUGACGAUCAGGUUGCACAGGUCACCCGAUUCAUGAUGCAGCCGAUGAAGGAGAAGCAGAAGGGAUAUGUGGUGUCGACUUCAUGGUUGAAGCGGGUGUACUCGCGGAGCGCUACCCAUGCAGAGAAGGCAGACAAGACAGCCAUGGAAGGAGACAUUGGACCCGUUGACAACUCGGACAUUGUCCUGGUGACCGACCCGGCCAAUACGGGCUUCAAGGAUGAGAGCGGAGAGCCUUUUGUUCCUCUGCGACCGGGCUUGGAGAUGGGGGAAGAUUUUGAGAUUAUCCCUCAAGGGGGCUGGGACUUGAUCAUGCAGUGGUAUGGUCUUGCAGAACAGUCCCCAGCCAUCGUCCGCUACGCUCAUAAUACCGCUCCGGUCGGCGAUGCUCAGAACAUCCAAUACGAAAUCAACCCACCAAUCUUCACAAUCCUGAAGCUCACGAACCCGUCCGCGGGCACUUCUAUGAAGUCGAUGAAGGAGAAGACUAUGGCCCCUGUGAGAACCUUGGCGAGCAGGCACACCAACUUCCAGAAGUGGCUGAAGCAAGCCAAAGAUCUGGCCCACAUCGACAUGUCAACCAAGGUUCGUGUUUGGAGGGUUCUCGGCGGGCUCGGUAGCGCCACUGCGUCGGCAGCAGUCACCCCAGCCGCAUCCCGCAGUGCUUCUCCCGCCCCAUCCGCGUCCCUCAUCGCCAACGCUGGGGGCAACCUGGUACUUGAUCUAAACACCUUCCUUUCGCUGUCCGAGGGGUCUCAGCGUGAGGUGCUUGACGAACCCAAGGACCAAACAAACAACCCUAACUACAACGGCAAAAUGACAUUGGGGCUUGCAGGCCUCAAUAGCAGUGAAGUGGUGGUGCUUGAAGAGAAGCUUUCGGGAUCUAGCGGAGAGUGGGUGUCGGAAGCCUCCAAGCAGACCCUGAGCCGCCUGGGCGUGCCAUCGGGCAACGUGAAGAACAGUGUUCCUUCCAAGGUGAAGACCAAGAGUCCUGCUACCAGCGGACGCUCUUCUCCAGUUUCAGAGCCUGUCCGGGGAAGACGCAAGGACGGGAAACCCCGUGGCUGCACGGGUCUGAGCAACCUUGGAAACACCUGCUACAUGAACUCUGCUCUGCAGUGUGUCCGUAGUGUGGAAGAGUUAAGCUACUAUUUCUUGAAUGACAUCUACAAGAAGGACCUCAACCCCAGCAAUCCGCUGGCUCACAAUGGUGAUGUGGCCAAGGCAUAUGCGAACUUGUUGCGCCAGAUCUAUGACGAGGCCGGCCAGUCUUCGUUUGCGCCCCGGCAGUUGAAGCACACCAUCGGCCGCUACGGUCCGGCAUUCUCUGGGUAUGGUCAACAAGAUUCCCAGGAAUUCCUUCUCUUUCUUCUGGAUGGUCUGCAGGAAGACCUGAAUCGAAUCAUGAAGAAGCCUUACAUCGAAAAGCCGGACUCGACUGACGAAAUGGUGCACAACAAGGAUGCGCUCCGGGAGUUUGCGGACAAAUGCUGGGACAUAUACAAAGCGCGCAAUGAUUCGGUCAUCACUGACCUCUUUGCCGGUAUGUAUAAGUCGACUUUGGUCUGCCCUGCUUGCGACAAGGUCAGCAUCAUCUUCGAUCCGUUCAACAACCUCACCCUCCAGCUUCCGAUCGAGAACCUUUGGAGCAAGGAGCUCUUCUAUUUUCCCCUCAACAAGAAGCCAGUCCUCGUUGAUGUUGAGAUCGACAAGAACGCCAGCGUGAAGUCGCUGAAGGAGCUGGUCGCUAAGAAAAUGGGCAGCGACCCCCAGCGGCUGGUCAUGGCUGAAAUCUACAAGAACAAGUUCUACAAGAUGUUUGACAACACGAUCUCAAUCGCGGAAUGCCAGAUCAGUGGCAAUGAUGACAUUGCUAUCUACGAGGUCGAGUCCGUCCCCACCAACUAUAACCCGGAUAAGGUCCAUAAGAGCUACAUCUCAUUCAGUCGCUCGGACCAUGAGGAGAUCCCGGCUCUGGAUUCGCCACGAUCGGAUCGGUUGCUCGUACCGAUUUUCAACCGAGUGGAGAAACCGCGGGGGAACAACGCCAAAAAUGCGCAGAGGUCGCUCUUCGGUGUCCCUUCGUACGUGGUUAUCAACCGGGAGGAGAUUGGCGACUAUGAUGCUAUUUUCCGCAAGGUCCUGUCACAGGUUGCUUCGAUGACCUCCCGUGACAUCCUUAAUGAGGAGAGCAUGAACGAGGUCAGCCAAGAAGACUCCGACACCGUCGUCAUGAACGAAGAUGAUGCGCAGUCGGCUGACUCUAAGAUUAAGACUGCGUCCGUGGAUGGCGAGGACGGCAUGGUCGAUGUCUCAAUGCGUGACGCAGAAGAUAGCCCGAGCGACACCCCGGCUCGCCCUGAGAGUACCAUUUCGGCCAAUCUCCGCGGUCUCUUCGAGAUGAAGCUCAUCAAGUCGCACGAUGUGGUGCCCACCGGGUUUUCGUCUGUGGAUGACCACAAGGAGUAUCCUAGGAUGUCGUUCCGAAUCAAGGCGGCCCCGAAGAAACAGAAACAGUCCGAGGAAGCUUCGAAUGCUGUUGAGCAGAAAGAUGAAGAGUCCGGCGACAAGGGCUCUGAUAAUGCCAACGGUGAAUCGGCUCCCAAGCGACCAAUGAUUCGUCCCGGGGAGGGCAUCGUGGUCGACUGGAACGAGCAGGCCUACGACGCCCUUUUCGCCGGGAACAGCCGCGACAAGGAUUCCGUGCGUGGAGUGCCGACGUGGACGGAUGUCGAUAGGGUACCCGACCCAGAGCUUAGCAAGCGCCGUUCUCUCCGGCAGAACCGUAAGAAGAGGGGCGUGACGCUCUACGAGUGCCUGGACGAGUUCAACAAGGAGGAGGUUCUUUCGGAGAACGAUGCGUGGUACUGCCCGCGCUGCAAGGAGCAUCGCCGAGCCAGCAAGAAGUUCGAACUGUGGAAGACGCCAGACAUUCUCGUCAUGCAUCUUAAGCGAUUCAGCGCCAGUCGCGGAUUCCGGGACAAGCUGGACGUUCUGGUCGACUUCCCGGUGGAAGGGCUGGAUAUGACGGGUCGUGUGGAGGCCCCUGAGGAUGGCAAGAGCCAAAUCUACGACCUCUUCGCCGUCGACAAUCACUACGGUGGGCUUGGAGGCGGCCAUUACACGGCCUACGCGAAGAACUUUAUGACGGGCCAGUGGAACGAGUACAAUGAUUCUUCCGUGUCGCGCCCUAUUGAUCCCCAGAGUGUGGUCACCUCGUCGGCGUACCUGCUGUUCUACCGGCGUCGGUCGGACCGGCCGCUGGGAGGCAAGGUGUUGGAGGAGGUCACGGAAGCGUCGACGCGCGCGAAUAGCGACAUGGAGUCGCAGACCGAGUCUCGCGGACAGUCUCCGUCGGGGGAAGGCCGGCGUCUCGGCGGCUCCUCCCGCAAUGGGUCGUCGAGCGCCUUACCAGGAGUCGCAGCAGCUCACCAAUCGGGAGAUGGUGGUUUGCCAACUGGAACCCAACCGAAGAGCGGGGAUGAAGACUCGCCCCCGGACUACUCGAACAGCCCCUCGUUCGGCGAGCGGAGCCUAGGACGCACCCCGCGACUGGAAGGUAUGAAUUUCGAAGACGAGGAGAUUGGCGACGACGCCCAACCCAGCUCGUUCCGCCCCAUGGACACGCCCUCGUGGUCGUUCAGUCGCGUCUCGGAUGCUCACGGCCCUUCACAGAUGACCACGACGCAAACUGACGACGAAGACCUACUCGACGAUGGCGCCAGCAACCAGGCGGUUGGCGGUGGCGAUGUCAGCGACCCGGACCUUCGGAUGGCCUCAUUGAUGGACAGUCCGCGAGGCGCGGCCUACCCGGGGACACCGAUGGAGGAGUCAUCGUUCCAGGACAUCACGGCGUUCGGAGCCGCCGGGGAUGACGAUGAGGAUGACGAGCUACCAGUGGUGGAGCUCCAAGUGCAUGACGACAAGUAA